GUCUCCCCUCGUGUGGAUCCUCCCUAUAUGGCUUCCACACGGAGCAGUUCUCAGCGGCUGGUGACGCGAUCCCCGGGAGCGUCGCUUCGCGCCGUGGGUCGCUCUGCCUCGCUGCAGAGCUUCACCCCGCGGCCCAAGCACGGCUCGGGACGUCGCGCGUCGGAGGUCUUGGUUUUGCACUUGGAGGAGGAGGCUACCUGGCGAACCGCAAGCACUGGAGUGGAGUCCAAGGGCAGCCAUCGACCCGGCGCCACGCCUGUUUUGGAGGAGUUGCAGACGGUGCAGAAACGACUCUUCGAGCGUUUCGCCAAGUUGGACGAAGGUCUCCGAGCCAAGGAUGUCCAACUUGAGAAGCUUUCGCAGCGUCUCCUCGCCGCUGAAAGCUUGGCUGCGGAGCGACUGCAGCAGGCGCGCGAUGCCCAGGAGGAGGUGCAGGUGCUCAAACGAGCCCUAGCGGCCAAAGCCCAGGAGCUGGAACGCCUCAAAGGAAGAGAACACGCGUCAGACCGGUGAA